CUCAGCCAUUUCGAGUAUCAAUUUAUCUCGGAGCCAUAUUACUGUUGUAUUAUUAGGAAAAAUAUUUCGAAAUUCCAUUUUGCAAUGGGGAUUUUAAAGUUUGCUAUGUUACGUAUACGUCUUCUGGCUAACAAACCCUGUCCUCCCCUCCCUCGCUGUACCAAUCAAAACUUAUAAGUCGCUGAUAUGCGCGGGCUCAAGCACGCUUUGUCUGUUCAAAAUGGCGGAUGAAGUUGAGAGUCUAGCCAAAGGCAGAGAAACUCGGCGAAAUGCUGGGAGUUUGAUGUCCAAACUGAUAGAAGACGAACAAGACGUUGAUGAUUUUUAUAAGACAGCAUUUGGAGGGUUUGAAGAAGAAUCAGGCGAUGAGAAAUACGCAACAGAAGACGAAGAAGUUGAUGUCGUUGACUCUGAUUUCAGUCUCUCUGAGACAGAUGAAGUGAUAGAUGAUCAGGCGGACGAGGAACCAGUAAGAAAGCGAAAAAAGCAGAUAAUCAAACCAUACAGGGCUCCGAAAAAGGAUGCAGGAACAUCAAAGCCAUCUAGUAAAGAGUCAGACGCAAAGAAACGGAGAAGUUUUGAAGAAGAACCUCGGGAGGGAGUUAGAAAGUCCACUCGAGCGCUUACAGUUGAACGCGCUCAAGCAACGAAGAAUCGUUUCAGACAGGAAAAGGAGAAAAAGACACUGCUUAAGAAAACGCAGCCAAAAAAAUUCCUCGACAUGAGGCGCUUAACACAAGAGGAACUAUUGGCAGAGGCUAAAAUAACAGAAGAAGAGAAUGUUGCUUCUUUACAAGCUUAUCACCAGUUGGAGGCAGACAAGAAGAAAACUAAAAUCCAGAAGGUGACAUUUAAGGGUCCUACUGUCCGGUUUCAUUCAUUAUCUAUGCCAGUUCUAGAGGUAACAGAGCCACUGGUGAAAGUUGACGACAAUGAGGAUGAUGAGGUGAAUGUGGAUUCAUCCAAGCGCUGCUGCAGAAAUUUUCUGAUCUUUACAGAUGCAAAGAAUUUCCCUGCUGCAUACUUCCCCACCAAAAAGCCAAAAGUUCCACAUAAGACUUAUUGCCCUGUCACAGGGCUACCCGCUCGAUAUCAUGAUCCCGUCACAGGACUACCAUUUGCAAAUGCACAGGCAUUUAGAUACAUAAGGGAGCGGUAUGCUAUGCAAGCCGAGGAAAUGAAAGGAAAGACAUCAGAAAUGGAACAGAGGCGAGGGCGAAAACCUCAAUAACUCAAACAUCUUUUUUUAAGAAUGUUUAACUACAUGGAGAGAGAGAAACAAAUGGAAAAGACUGCUUGAAAUAGCUGGCAAUUGUAUUUAAAACUAGCAUGUCUUGAAAGGUACUGAUGUAACACAGGGUUCCUUGGUUUAAGGAACUGGUUUCAUUGGUUUCCCAAGAUCCUAGACUAGCAGAUGCUGAUUAAAAAUUUACUCCAUCUCAGAGUCAAUCAAGGAGUUAAGUUUCUUCCGGAAGCUUUUGCAAGGAAAUGUUUUGGUAAUUCCUCUUGAUGAGUGUUUCUGGAGAUAGGCCCCCCAGCCACAAUUCCAUAAGUUAAACAAAGCCAUACAUAUGAAAAUAAUAGCAAUGUGUGCACGUUGAAUCACGUGGGUGUCCAAUUACAGGUGUCCAAUUACAAUGUACUUCUUUGUAACUGGAUACCGGCAAUUGGAUUCCUACGUUAUUCGCACGUUUAUCAUAAUAAUUAUAAUUUCCUCAAAUGUGAUUGGCAACAAAUCGGACUCCCGCUUCGCGGUCAUCCGAUUUUGUUUAUCACUCGUAUGCUUACAGACCGAAUUGGACUCCACUCUGUCCUAUUACCAUUAUUAAUCGCGUGAUUACUCCGUAAACUGCACUUCACUCGACCCAAUAACCAGUACCAAUCUCACAAAAGUAAGAAUACCGGUAAAUUUUAAUUGUCGCGGAAUAAAAGCUAGUCACUUCUUCCCAUAUCAGCUAAAAGAACGACAAAAACCUGUCAGUUACUUCCUUUUCUUCAGUUUAACAUUAGACCCUCGCUAGUUGCAACUUCCGAUGACCAAGAACGUUCUCUGAUCGCGCGCUAACUUUACCGGCGGUAUGUAAUACAGUAAGCGGACUAGAAAACUAUUUAAAAAAGCACUUUACCAGUUUCAUAUUGCUCCGUAUUAAUAAGUCCAAUAUAAACGUUUUAUUUACUAUGUGUUUACUCUUUCCUGUCUUAUACUAGUUUUCUUUUUAUCCUAAAAUAAAAUUAAUGUAUUUAGUUCAAGGGCAUCAAGAGAAUCUCUUGAGGGCAUAUUAUACGUCAUUUCCGAGUUACCUUGUGCCUCGGUUUCAAAACGAGUCCUCGUGUAAAACUCUGAAAACGAGCCCGAUUUGCAUGAAAAUAAGCUUACAGAUGAAACGUAUUUUCAUGACAAUGGCUUCGCACGAAACACGUUUUGACAUAGAGGCAAAGGAAACUGGAAAAUGGCCUAUUAGUUUACUAUAUUUUGCACUUUCACUGCACCUUAUUUUUAACAAUACUGUGUUCAUAUCGUCAAGUGGAGAAAUAAAAACUACAAAUACAAAAUACAAAUACCUCGAGCCAAACUAGAAUUCUCCUAGAUUUAUUUUUUUUACAUUUACUGUAGUUUUAACCUCUGUAGGUCGAUUCCUCGAUAAUUCGAACCCCCGCUAACUCGAAGAGAUUUUUCUAUCCCUUCAGGUCAUUUUCUUUGUAAUUCACCCUCGAUCUUACUCGAACCGAGUUAAAGUUCUAAAGAUUCAAAGCUCUCCAGAAUCACUGACAUGGGAUUGGCUGUAAUGCGUCUGAGACAAUGAACAGACCGUCCUAAGCAGAAUAACUGAAGUCACUCGCUGGAAUCAGGUACUAUACUGCGGUAGCCAACUAUAGCUGUAGCAUUCCGUUGUUUCGCUUUAUUUUAUCUUAUUCGGCCUUCAAAUGUUAUGUGGUUUGCCAUGUUGGCAAAAUAUUUUUUCCAGUUUCACUCUUUCUUUUUUGUAAACUGUUCAGUUUAACGUUUGUCUCACUCGACAGACUAAGCGAAAGAGGGACUACUCGUAGUCUAACCAUUUGGAGUUAAGUGACAGUAUUGUACUCUGUAGGCAUUGGUUAACGGUCUCAUUCAGCCUGAAUUUUUCAUGACAUUUGUCUGACAUUCGCAUGUCCUUCUACAUCACCUCCGGUCUGAGUCUCAACCAAUCACGACUUGGUCACGUGGGUUUUCCCGCGCUUGGCCCUUGCUUUUGUCUUGGCCCGUGCUUUUGCUACGUGCUUUUGCCUCGACGAGAGUUCACAUUGAUUCAUUAGUUUUUAAUGUUUUUUUUUGGUGAUUGGCCGCUGUAAUUGAUUUGGUUUUGGUUCUAC